AUGUGGUUACAUAAUUGUCUUGGUAUGAUAUUUUUAGUUCAUAUAGUUAGUAGUGAAAUCAGAAUUGAUCCUUUAGUUAAUACUAACGUUGGUUUGAUAAGAGGUUUAAGAGCUAACGAUGGUGACUAUUCGAUGUUUCUUGGAAUACCGUUUGCGAAAGUCGACGUCAACAAUCCUUUUGGUCCAUCGACACCAUACCCGGAGUUUGAGAAACCUCUCAGGAAUGCACCAAUCGUAAUUUCAGAAUACUUAGGAUUGCCAACAAAUAAUUUAGAAGAAGCAAUUGAGUUUUUAACGCAAGUAGAUAGCCAUUUAGUAAUAGCUGCUGUCAAUGCUUUACAAAUAGCUGACGACUUCAGACCAUGCAUAGAAAAAGAAAUGGAUGGUGUUGAAAGUUUUAUUACAGAAAAUUGGAUAACAGCAAGUUUACCAAAAGUUAAAAAUAUACCCAUCCUAAUUGGAUUUAAUAAUGACGAAUGGUAUGGGUUUUAUACCUCAGAACAAGAUGAGUUUUACAAAGAUUUGAACGUAGUUGAAGAAUAUAUUUCAAAGGGUUUCGACGUCAGUGAUGUAGAUUUUGAAGUUAUGGAAGACAUGGUUCGUCAUUUUUACUUUGGCGAUGAACCAAUGAGCGCAGCAGUCAGACAGGGUAUAGUCGAUUUUAUAGCAGAUUUUGUUUUUAUUCACCCAACUCACAGAAGCAUUAGAAAGUAUUUAAACAAUGAUGUGGGGAAUGUAUAUUUAUAUAUGUUUACGUAUGUUGGAGAAAGAAAUUUUUUAAGAAAGAAGGAUAAUGUGACAACUGGCGCUGGUGCCUUGCACUGUGAUGAAAUAGGAUACUUGUUUGAUAUAUCUUACAUGAAAGGGCUUCCAAUAACUCCUGCUGAUCAAUUACUCAUAGAUCAAAUCACCACCAUGUGGACUAAUUUCGUAAAAUCCGGCAAUCCCAUGUCUCAAAACUUGGAUAACGUUUCGGUACAAUGGACACCCAUUACCAACACAUUGGAACUACCUUACCUGAACAUUGGUGCUGAACUGACACUUGACUCCAGACCUUUUAACCAACGAGCAUCAUUUUGGGAUCUUUUUUACAAAGUGAACGAACACCUGCAAAUAGUUUAUCCUUCCGCUAAAGUGGAAUUGUAA